CCUUGAUCCGGCCUUCGGCGCCCCGUGGCGAUACGUAGAGAGAGUAUGAUUGGCUUCGCCCUGCUAGCGAGCUCUCUGCCUGCUGGUGGGAGAAGCGUAAGGGCGCGCAGGCGGCCCGUCCGCGUUCGUGCCCCGUCUGGCAGCGUGGUAGCGCCGAGGCGGACGGAUACAAUAAUAGUCAUUGGAGCCUCCGCACCGUCGACAAAUCUGGGAGAGCUCUCCUGGUGCUCGCCGAGGCACACACACAAUGUCUUUUGUCAACGGCAAGGUGGUCAAGUUCCGCGCGUCCUGCGAUGCUUGCAACGAGUCCAAAGUCCGGUGUAGCCAGACGAAACCCCAAUGCGGGCGGUGCGCCAAGCAGGGAAUCGAGUGCAUAUACGGCCUGUCGCGACGGAGCCACCGGACCGCCCCACGCGUCGGCGUGUCUCAGUCGGCCCAGGCCCUGCACAGUUUCCUCUCCCGCGACGCUCAGCGGUUUUUCGACACCGCCGCCGCUGUUCCGACCUCUGGGUCCAACGCCAGCUCGUCUUCGGCGUCGACCUGUUCCGCAGCGGGCGGAAGCGGUAUGGAUAGGGAAAGGCUCGCGGGAGGAGCCGCCGCCGAGGCCGCUUCGCAACUCGCAGCCGCGUUUCGUGAACACGAGGCUGCCGCAACGGCAGCCGAAAGGGACCACCCAAGCUCCGCCGAUCUAAUUCCGAACUUCGACUUGGCGUUCGAUCCGCUGAACGAUCUCCCCACGACCUCCAGCCACUUACUCGACCAUUCCUUGUCGGCCCCGAGUUUAAGCCCCACGCUUACCGGUGGUGACAGUCACGACGACUUCUUCGGUUCUCUAGUACACGACGAAUCGCAGAGCCCCGCCGAUGGUCGUUCGUGUAAUUGCAAUUACCUCGUCGUCAAGCAGUUGCUUUUGCUGCCUCUGCUGUCGGAAGAAGAAAACGGCGCCUUAGAUGCCGAGUUCGGGCAAUUAAAGCAUGCAGUUAAUGUCUGCGAGGAAUGCAUAAGUUGUCCUUGCACGUCCCAGGAUGAGAUUUCUCUACUAACUACCAGUAUACUUAUCGGCCGCAUUAUCGAAGGCUUCGACGCCUUUAUGGGGAGGGCCAAUCCAGUAAUUGGCCCUAGCCACUCCGACACUCCGGGUGGCGCUGGCGAUGGAGUCCCGAGGAUGUCUUGGGGCGCUCUACAGAUCGAGCCGGACGAGGAGGUUGAACUGAAGCAACACAUGUGGCUCAUACAGCUUCGGAAGCUUCAGAGGGUGAUAAAAAAGCUAGGCACAGCAGUCAGCCGGUUGGGAGGCGCUCAGGUAAACGGUAACUCUGCCCACAUCAUGACCUGCCAAUGUAUACACAUAUGGCUAGUGCAGAAGGCAGAGACUUUACAGGAAAGUUAUCAAAACGUUAACGGAGCUAAGGAACCAUUAUCUCGGCAGGCCACGAGCGCCAUGGACAAGACAAAACCAUAGUUAACAUAGAAGACGAUUUGGCUAAGGGCUAGGCGUACGUAGCUCUCAGCGGCUUACGAUAGAUAUUAGACUGCGUCAUCCCUGGCGGGUUUGAUAUUGCUAGGGCCGAACCUAGGCAGGGAUAAACAGGCC